CCAUUUUUGCCUCAAAAACGUUUCCAGGUGCCUUGCGCCGGAGGCUGGAGCACUGGAGCAUCUUUAAACGUCUGGCGUGAAGAAAUCAGGCGGCUGUGCGUGUGUUGAGGAAUAAAAGGGGAACUCGGGGGGUUUGUUUAUCCAGGGGACUGCAAGUGAUGCAUUUCAGUUAGACUCUGAUGUGACGGGGAAAGGAGCUUUAAGAAAACAAACAUUCUGAUUAAAAUUCAGCCUAUCAGAUGACCGAUGAAAGUGGCUGCCACUAUGGUGUCUACCUUGCUUUGCAACAUGGUGUUUCUGCUGGCAUUUGGAUUGGCUUCAGCUUUUAGCCACAGCCCCAGGACACCUGACAGGGUUACUGAAGCAGAUAUACAGAGGCUGCUCCAUGGGGUUAUGGAGCAGUUGGGCAUUGCCAGACCCCGGGUAGAAUAUCCAGCACACCAGGCUACCAAUCUUGUUGGUCCACAGAGCAUUGAAGGUGGUGCUCAUGAGGGUCUCCAGCACUUGGGUCCUUAUGGCAAUAUCCCAAACAUCGUGGCUGAGCUGACAGGAGACAAUGUGCCAAAGGAUUUCAGUGAAGAUCAAGGAUAUCCUGACCCUCCAAAUCCCUGCCCUAUUGGAAAAACAGUUGAUGAUGGGUGUCUGGAAAACACCCCAGACACAGCAGAGUUCAGCAGGGAAUUCCAACUGCACCAACACCUUUUUGAUCCAGAGCAUGACUAUCCCAACAGGGGCAAGUGGAACAAGAAUUUACUCUUUGAGAAAAUCAGUGAUGGUCCAAAAAGAAGAAAGAGGAGUGUGAACCCCUAUCUGCAAGGACAGCGACUGGAUAAUGUUGUAGCAAAGAAGUCUGUUCCACAAUUUUCAGAUGAAGACAAAAGUCCUAAAUAAGUACAAUAAAAAUUGAAAGAUAAAAACUCAUGCCAUCCUCCUCUAGAUCAUUAUAUUGCUUAUAUAUAAUCAGCUAUUAAAAUCCUUGUGAAUGGCAGCAUGCUUAUUAUUUAUAUAAUUGUAGAUUAAAAACAGCUGUAUUUAUAACAGCAUGUUCUCCUAGAUGAUAAAAGUAUGGUUCUGCUUUUUGUUAAGUUAUGGUAAAAGGAUAUUUUUGUUGUUUUUAUUUUAGUCAUGGAGCAAACUUUAAAAAUGUUAGUCAUUUUUGAUAGCUAAUGUGAGGUAAAUGGUCUUAAUGAGAAACUUGUAAAUAGGAAGAUGAAAAAAAAUGCCAAGUCUGACUCCAGCAUUUAAUCUUAAAUGUUACUGUGUUUGACACAUGAAAAUUAUAGUUUUAUGUUUUGUUCACAAAUAUUGUUACUUAGCAAAGACAAAGUAUUUAUUUUACGCAGGGAAUUUUGGCUUUUGGUCCAUUUUAAUAAACAUUUAAGCAAUCUACAAGGUUUGCAAAGUGACAUUUUCCAAAAUAUUUCAGAGGCUCGUUUGUCUGUUAUUGCUGUGCAAAUUUAAGAAUUAAAGAACUGCUUUUUGACUGUA